GACUUUAUGAAAUUCAAACUUUUUCAGUGCUCUUUGAAAUUGUAAACAUUGCUUUAAAUACGAAAAUCAAUUAAACUGGACCGACUAGAAAGUUAAUUCAUCAAUCAAUCAACUUACAACAAAAGAUAGCACCAGAUGAGCGAAGCAGACGACAUACAGUACUCGGAAAAGUAUUCAGAUUCCACUUAUGAAUACCGGCACGUAAUUUUGCCGCCAGGAUUGUCUCGAUUAGUUCCAAGAAAUCAUCUAAUGACAGAAACAGAAUGGAGAAACCUGGGAAUACAGCAAUCGCCGGGAUGGGAACAUUACCUUAUUACCAACGAGUAUCAUGUCAUAUGUUUUCGAAAAUUAAAAACAUAAAAUCAGCUGAAAAUUUGUUUGAACAGAGUAUAAAUAAUUGAUAAGAUCUUUAAUUGAUAUUUUUAAAAAUAAG